ACAUCUGGCUGCAGGACCGGGAGCACCGCCAGGAGCCACACCUCCUCCUCCUCCAGCAGCCAGAUCGCCACAAUCGCCAGAGCAGCAGGACAGACCUCCAGUCACAAGGCACCUUGAGAACUUCAGGAUGGGGAUGUCUCCAGUCUUCGCCUGCCUAGCCCUGGGCCUGGCCCUCAUCUUUGGUGAAGGGUCCGCUUCCUACAACCCCCAGUCCCAGGCGGCCCAUCUGGCCACAGACUUUGGAGUGAAGGUGUUUCGGCAGGUGGUGGAGGCCUCCCAGGACCACAACGUGGUUUUCUCACCUUACGGGGUGGCCUCGGUGCUGGCCAUGUUGCAGCUGACAACGGGAGGAGAGACUCGGAAGCAGAUCCAAGAGGCAAUGCAGUUCAAGAUUGACGAGAAGGGCAUGGCGCCCGCCCUCCGCCAACUGUACAAGGAGCUCAUGGGCCCGUGGAACAAGGACGAGAUCACCACCGCUGAUGCCAUCUUUGUUCAGCGGGAUCUGAAGCUGGUCAAGGGAUUCAUGCCCCGCUUCUUCAAGCUGUUCCAGACCACAGUCAAGCAGGUGGACUUUUCAGAGGUGGAGAGAGCCAGGUUCAUCAUCAAUGACUGGGUGAAGAAAUACACAAAAGGCAUGAUCAGCGACUUACUUGACGAAGGGGCCGUGGACGAGCUGACGCGCCUGGUGCUGGUGAAUGCCCUCUACUUCAACGGCCAGUGGAAGACGCCCUUCCCAGAGUCGGGCACCCACCACCGCCUCUUCCACAAGUCCGACGGCAGCACCGCCUCUGUGUCCAUGAUGGCUCAGACCAACAAGUUCAACUAUGCUGAGUUUACCACCCCUGACGGCCAUUACUACGACAUCCUGGAAUUGCCCUACCACGGGGACACCCUCAGCAUGUUCAUUGCUGCUCCCUAUGAAAAAGAGGUGCCUCUCUCUGCCCUCACCAACAUUCUGGAUGCCCAGCUCAUCAGCCAGUGGAAAAGGAGUAUGACCAGAGUGGUCCGCCUCCUGGUUCUGCCCAAGUUCUCCCUGGAGAGUGAAGUGGACCUCAGGAGGCCCCUGGAGAACUUGGGGAUGACCGACAUGUUCAGGCCAAACCAGGCGGACUUCACGAGCAUUUCCAAUCAAGAGCUUCUCCAUGUAUCGCAGGCCCUGCAAAAAGUGAAGAUCGAGGUGACCGAGAGCGGCACGGUGGCGUCCUCCUCUACAGGCUUCGUAGCCUCAGCCCGAAUGGCCCCCGAGGAGAUCAUCAUGGACAGACCGUUCCUCUUUGUGGUGCGGCACAACCCCACAGGAACAGUCCUUUUCCUGGGUCAAGUGAUGGAGCCCUGACCGGAGGAAAAGAAGCCUGCAGAACUGAAGAUGUCUCAGAAAAGAAGAAACUCUGGAGAAACAAGAAUUUUAUUUUAAUUAAUCUCUUUGGAGAAAGAGAAGAAAUUUGCUUUUUUUUUUUUUUUUUCUUUAUGGGAAAUCUUUCUGAAUCUGCCUCCUAGACCUCAGCCUCUCCCAGGAGUAGGAAAGAGGACCUUCAGGAAAAACUCCCACAGUGUGGAGACCCGGGGAGAGACCUCGGAAGCACAUGCCCCUAAAGGUCUCCAAACCAGACUGGAAAACUCACAGAACCACCUGCGCAGCUGCUUCUGCUCGUGGCUCUGCCCAGCCGGGUCUUCAGACCCGGAUCCCACAGAGACCCUGGCGGGAGGGCCCUGCAAGGCUUACAGGAGCUUUUGUGUGCUUGGUAGGAACGAUUUGUGUUCCAGUCACAUUGCCAUCUCUCCCGCACUGUCUGCUACUGCUGAGGAGGCUGGCAGCAGGCCAAAGAAGGCCAACGGGAGAGACACACUUUCAUUUCCAGGUCCGUCCUUCCCCAGCUCAGAGGUACCCACCCUGACCUGGCCGUCUCACGCCCUAGAAAGAGUGUGCAUAUAUUAUUUUGGAGUGUAGGUGACUUGUUUACUCAUAGAAGCAGGUUUUUGCUUCCUACAAACUUUGUUUUAUAGGAAUAGAGGAAGAAAGGAUGAGCUGUGUGCCUGGUUCUUGGCUCCAAUCUCCUGGUGGGGAGCGGGGCAUGCCAGGGGUGUGCCUGAAUAUUUAUCAUAUCCUUGUCCUUGUGUGGUUGUUAGAGAGAAAGAACACUACGAAGAAAAAUGUCUUAUUUAAACUUGCUUUUAGUGUUUGUGGUCUGUCUCGUUGCAUCUCAGGAGUCUGGCCACUUGACUGUCAUACCCCUCUGGGCGGGGAGCAUGGCGGGGCCCACACUGCCACCUUGUGGCUGCCCAACCCCCAACACCCUCUCGCCUUCCCACUUGCUGUAUUAGCACCGCUGCCAAGACCAUCCAACUUCAGCCCACUUUAGGGACCAAAAGGAUGCGGUGGGUGAGAGAGACUAGAGCGAGGAUGGAGUGGUUUCAAAAUUUUCCAAUAUAUUUAGGAGCAGGAGUGCAAGGGGCUGCGCGACCUAGCAGGACAGAACUUUCCCCAAUUACAGGGUGACUCACACCCGCAUUGGUGACUCACUUCAAUGUGUCAUUUCCGGCUGCUGUGUGUGAGCAGUGGACACGUGAGAGAGAGAGAGGGGGAGAGAAAAUGAAAGAGAAUGAGAGAGAAUGAGAGGCAGCGAACUCGGGCUCAACUACCCUAGUUAGAUCAUCUUUCUGAAAACCAAGAAGCUGGGGGGUAUGGCAUGCAGGCCAAAUUUAUUGAGGAAUCGCACAGAGGUGUCGAAUGAAUGUAAUCCAAUCCCCCCACCAUGCUCUGCAGUGAAAAACCUUCGUUCUUUGUUGUUUUUUAAUAUUUUUUCAUUAUGCACUGGACAGUGACAGCCACACGCAGUACCCACAAGGAGACCCAUAUGGGGAGUCCACCAUUUUUGUGUUGGAUUAUACGCCUUUUCACUUCUGAUACAUUAACAAGUAAAAAUGUUAAGAAAUAAUAAUAAAUAAAUAAGAAUAUUCC